GUGGUUGGUAACACAUAGCAAAAACGAGAUGGCAAUAUCUUUCACAUAAAGAGGUAUUUGUGUGCAUCUAUUUCAGGUCGGGUCACAGCCAGCAGCUAUGUCUGACAUAAAUCUUGACUGGGUUGACAGGCGUCAGUUGCAGCGCUUGGAGGAAAUGCUGAUCGUUGUGGAUGAGAAUGAUAAGGUUAUUGGUGCCGACACCAAGAGGAAUUGCCAUCUGAACGAAAACAUUGAGAAAGGGCUGCUGCACCGAGCCUUCAGCGUUGUCUUGUUUAACACCGAGAAUCGAAUCCUGAUACAGCAGAGGUCGGACACGAAAGUCACGUUUCCUGGGUAUUUUACCGACUCCUGUAGUAGCCACCCAUUAUACAACCCAGCAGAACUGGAAGAAAAGGAUGCCAUCGGAGUGAGGAGGGCAGCCCAGAGGCGUCUGCAAGCAGAGCUGGGAAUUCCUGGGGAGCAGAUUUCUCCAGAGGACAUUGUGUUCAUGACAAUCUAUCACCACAAGGCAAAAUCAGACAGAAUUUGGGGAGAGCAUGAAAUUUGUUACCUUCUGCUUGUGAGGAAAAACGUCACUCUGAACCUGGAUCCCAGUGAAACGAAAAGCAUCCUCUACCUGUCCCAGGAGGAGCUGCGGGAGCUGCUGGAGAGGGGGGCGAGGGGUGAAGUCAAAGUCACCCCCUGGCUAAGAACCAUUGCCGAGAGGUUUCUGUACCGGUGGUGGCCUCACCUGGAUGACGUGACCCCGUUUGUGGAGCUUCACAAAAUACACAGAGUGUGAGAGGCAGGGAGGUCGAGUCAGCCAUGUGCAAUGCCCUCAGUGCAGGCAGAGGCACCAUUGAGGCAAUGACACACCCUCUCCAAAAAACAGGGCAAAAGGGGCACUUGAU